GGCAGCAGCGCAAAAGGCAUAACCCACCACACAGCCAACCCUCUGUGCUUGUCUUGUCCACCAACCAACCAACCAAGCCGGCGAUGCCCACCAUCUCCGUAUCACCAGAGGCCCUGUACAAGGGCCUCGGCCGAACCAUGACCGAGAAGGAGUUUGACAAGCUCUGCUUCGACUACGGCCUCGAACUCGAAGUGGAACGAGAGGACGAGGAAGGCAGACCCUCUGAGACCGGAAAGCUCGUGUACAAGGUUGAGAUCCCCGCAAACCGCUAUGAUCUCCUGUGCCUGGAGGGCCUUGUGCGUGCCCUGCGCGUGUACCUCGGCGAUAUUGAGGCCCCACGCUUCAAGCACGUUGACAUGAAGCCUGAGGACAUGCAGCAGCUCACCAUCACCCCAGCCACCCAGAGUGUGCGUCCCUUCUGCGUUGCCGCCAUCCUGCGCGGUGUUGAGUUCACACAGGACGUCUACGAGCGCUUCAUCGAUCUGCAGGACAAGCUGCAUCAGAACAUCUGCCGCCGCCGCGCCCUGGUCGCCAUUGGCACGCACGACCUCGCCACCAUCACAGGUCCAUUUGUGUACGAUGCGCAGAAGCCAAGCGACAUCAGCUUUGUUCCCCUCCGCGUCCCCAAGAAGGACGAAAACGGCAACGCAACGAACGAGACAGAGGUUCCGACACGCGAGUACACCGCUGCAGAGCUCAUGGUUGAGUAUGAGAAGGACCAGCAGCUCAAGCAGUACCUGCACAUUAUCAAGGACGAGGAGGUGUAUCCUGUCAUCCGCGAUGCGAACGGCGUCGUCCUCUCCCUCCCGCCCAUCAUCAACGGCAACCACUCGCGCAUCACACUCGAUACCAAGGACGUCUUCAUCGAGUGCACAGCAACAGAUCUCACGCGGGCGAAGAUUGUGCUGAACAUGAUGGUGACGAUGCUGCCUGCCAAGUCCAUCGAGCCCGUCCACGUCACCCCGCCAAACGGCCAGGAAUCGCACGUCUACCCCGAGUUCAAGUACCGCACGGAGAAGGUGUCUGCUGGCGACAUCUACCGGCGCAUGGGCAUCAAGAAGGAGCAGGCCACACCCGAACAGCUCGCAGCGCUCCUCACAAAGAUGCAGCUGCGCGGAAAGCUUGUGGACGCAGACGCAAUCGAGGUCGAAAUCCCGCCAACGCGCCCAGACAUUCUGCACGCGUGUGAUAUUUGGGAGGAUGCCGCUGUUGCCUUUGGCUUCGACAACAUUCAGGCGACGCAACCACAGGUUGUGACUGCGGGCAAGCAGCAGCCGAUCAACAAGCUCUCCGACCACCUUCGUCUCAUCACGGCGCAGGCAGGAUACGCCGAGGCCCUCACCUUUGCCCUGUGCACCCGCGACGACAACUUCAAGAACCUGCGGCGCCCAGACGACGGCAAGACGGCGUGCGUCAUCGCCAACCCAAAGACAAAGGAUUUCCAGGUUGCACGCACCAACCUGCUGGCUGGCCUGCUGCGCACCUUGCACAACAACAGCGCCAUGCCUCUUCCCAUCCAGCUCUUCGAGAUCAGCGACGUAGUGCUUCUCGACCCGUCCUCGGACUCUGGUGCGAGCAAUGAGCGCCGUCUUGCGGCUGUUGCCAUGGGCAAGUCGCCGCGCUUUGAGGCCCUGCAGGGCCUUCUCGACUACAUCAUGAAGAUGCUCGAGAUCCCAUUUGACCCCAGUGCUGUCAACCCUGGCAGCAAGGCUUACUGCCUCCUCCCAACACAAGAUCCUGCCUUCCUUGGGGAGCUUGGCGCUGCGGACAUUGUGUACAACGGGGCGCGCGUGGGCGUGCUGGGUGUUGUCCAUCCAGAGGUGCUGCAGAACUUUGACCUGCGCUACCCGGUCUCCGCCUUUGAGCUUGCCGUCCACCCCUUCCUCUAGCCAACAUGCCGCAGGGACUUGUGCGGUGCCGCGCGUGGUGAUGUGAUGUGCUGUGAUGUGAUGUGCUGAGCUGUGCUGCUCUCACGUGUCACAGUCACCUUAUUCCCUUGCCACCCACGCAUCCCAAUACGCCCUUCCUUCGUUUCCUUCUUCUCCUUUCUUUCCACUUGCGUUUGUUGGCGUUCUGCGUAGUGGGUUGUGUAGUGUCGCCGUGACCAAAGUAGAGCUACCACACUACAUGCCGCGUGUCAGC